CGGUCAUGGUCCUGCUAGCUUAACAAGACAGAAACAGUGCAACCCUUCUCAGUUUCUGACCAAACCUUUUAACUCAGAACGUUCUCAAUCCACUCACCUGCCACCUGGCUAAAUCUCCCUCAUCCAAAUCUAUUUACCACUGCCGACACCGAUUGCUUUUCUCUUCUUUCUUCUUUCCUCCUUCACAUGGUGAUCCAAGGUGUUGUUUAAGGCCAUUUCAGCACUGCUCCCAAUGGGUGCCUGAUGCACUGAGGGCAGUAUUUCCCCUUUUUUUUUUCCUUAAAGAAUUUUUGAUAGGGCACUGACAGCAGCCAUAGGCUCAAGCUUCAAUAUUUUUUGCCACAAUGGAAGGCUUUGGAGGCUUUGGCUUUAGUAAUGUAAGCAAUGCUACAAGGAAGAAAAGGAGUAACACAUCUCGUCGCCCUCGGAGUGAGUCACAGCCUCAGUCAGAGUUGCAUGAAUUUUCUUCCUUGUCAUCCACACCUCCUUCAGACAAUAAUUUGGCGAAUGUUGAAGAUGGAGCAUAUGGAGAAUCUGAUGAAGCUUCUAAUGAUGAUUCUUUUCAAGGCAUCAAUGUUCAAAGGCAUGGUGGAGUUGAUUCGAAAAGGAGCAGUGAAGGUGUCCUUGCCCCAACUAACUGGAAAAGCACAAGCAUGGUGGGAAGUUUUGGGAUCGUUUCAGAUGGACAAGGAAAUGAGAAGAAAGUUAAGAAAGUUAAACUUAAGGUUGGUGGUGUUAUACGUACUAUUGAUGCCAAUACUGCAUCUGAUGGUGCUUCUGGUGUUGGGUCUUCUUUUACAAAAUCCUCUCACUUUUCAGAUGCCCCCCGAUCAAUGCGGAAAUCAAUUAUUAAGGACAACUCUGAUGACCAUUCCCUUACUUCAGAGAAGGAGAGCAGCCUACGAGGGUUCCCAUGGAGGGAUUUCCCAAAAGGUGGAUUAGGUGUCCGGCAGGUAGAUUAUUCAAGGGGUGGGAUACCUGCUGAAACAACAAAUGAAACAGAAAAGCAUGAACCAGUCCGUAAGAGUAAGCGAGUUCCUAAGAAACGCUCAUUAGAAGGAGUGCUUGAUGAUGCAGAAGUUGAUGAUGAGAUUCGAUACCUUGAGAAGGUCAAAACAACCAGGGUAACUGCUGAUUAUGAUGUAGAACAUGGAGAAGAUGGAGGAAGAAAACAGCGGAAGAUAUCAAAGGUAGUGAAUAGGAAUGUUGGUGGCCUUUAUGUCUUAGAUGUUGAAGAUUAUGGUUCCUCAAGAAUGGGAAAGGAGGCUAAGAAGUCCAGAUCAGGAAGAACCUCUGAAGAUACUGAUUAUAUGGAAGAGGACGAAGAAUCAGUUUCAGAUGUUGAGCCAGAAAAUAGGAGAAAGAGAGCUAAAAUGGAGAUUGUUGAUUUCCUAGGGGACUCUAAGAAGGAAAUGACAGUUACCACGCGUCAGCGUGCGCUGCAAGCUGGAAAACAUAUCCCCUCUAGUUUUGGUGUUUCUUCUAUUGAGUUCCCAAAUGGAUUGCCUCCUGCUCCACCUAAAAAGCAAAAAGAGAAACUCUCUGAAGUGGAGCAGCAAUUGAAGAAAGCUGAGGCUGCUCAAAGACGCAGGAUGCAAGUCGAGAAGGCAGCUAGGGAGUCUGAGGCUGAAGCAAUCAGAAAAAUUCUGGGUCAAGAUUCCAGUAGGAAGAAACGAGAAGAUAAGAUAAAAAAGCGGCAAGAGGAAAUGGCACAGGAAAAAGUUGCAAAUUCUAUGAUACUUGCAUCAGACUUUGUUAGAUGGGUUAUGGGCCCUUCAGGAACAGUUGUAACAUUCCCCAAUGAGGUCGGCUUACCAAGUAUAUUUGACCCCAAGCCUUGCAGUUACCCUCCUCCUCGAGAGAAAUGUGCUGUUCCAUCUUGUACAAAUCCAUACAAGUACAGAGAUUCAAAAUCGAAGCUUCCUCUCUGCAGUCUUCAAUGCUACAAGGCAAUACAUAAAAAGAUGUCUCCGCUUGCUGCUUGUUAGUGAAAUGCACUCGUUCAUAUGAGCCUGAAUAAGCCUGUAUAACCAGGCACCGUGGUUUCCGUUCUGUACAUAAGGUGUGGAUGGGAUAGUUUAUUUAUCUGAUGUAAAUAUGACUCUCAAUACCAAAUAUAUGGAGUGUAGGAGAGAUAGAGAGAGGUUACAUUAAUAAUGACUUCAAUCUCUCCUUUGUACACUAAAAUGUUAUGAUAUUGUACCCAUUGUGUUGAAUCUGAUAGUUGAGAGAGCUGAGCUAAUUGUUCUCAUAA